AUGGCGUCGACUAUUUCAAGCUCUUCAACGAGCUCUUCUCCUGUUUCCUUCCAAGAUCCUGAAGAUUUGACUAUUGAACUUCAACCCGCGCCUCUGCGCCUCCCCCGACGCAGAACUGAUCCGAAUCUCGAUGGAACAAACUCCGUAGCCGAAGAACAGAUGUCUAUUAUAGGCGGAAAUGACUCUACUCUUACCGCCCAUCGAGAAAGUAUUAGCCCUCCACCAAUAGCCAAGAGCCUAUCGCAACGCCGCGCUCCAGCUCACAAAUUGGGGCCACUUGUAUCAAAGUUCGAGACCCUUGACGCAGUAAAUAAUGCUGAUACCAUCUCGCCUCUCGAUUCUAAACCUAAUGCGAUUCCCCGAAUCCAUAGGCCAUUGAGACACAGCCGAGCAAGUGAAUCUCUACAAUAUAUUGCUUCGGAGAAGUAUUCGACCCCUGCAAACUCCUUAGAUGUUCCUCCAAGACGAGUUGAAUCCCCACCACCAUUCAGCAAUAAGCCAAAACUCCCGAUCAAACCGGCACUGAAAAAAUCUUCUAUAGAAGAUAAUGUUGAAGAUCCUAGGUUGAUUUCAGAUCGGAGAAGGGUUUUUGAGAAUAGCAGUGAUUCCCCUAUCACCAAGUCGAUGGGCUCAACCUCAACCCCAUUACCGGCCCAGAAGACAGUGUCUACGUUGGCGACUAGCUCAUCGCAGCCUCUUUUAACCUUUAAUUCCUCUCAGGGGAAUUCACCAACUAAUCCUCUCAAAUAUUGUCAGAAGGGGAAUGUCGACAAAGAUGAGCAAAUUUAUCACGACAUUGAGCAGCCAGUACGCAGAAAAAAUGAACUUACGGCUUCCUCCAAAAUCCCAGUCAAAAGGGCACAGUUGAGCGUUGCAGAUCUUCGCAAAUCCUUCGAGAAAAACGCACAGGCGACUGGGCCCGAACUCCAUAUGUCAAAUACGUCUAAGCUAUCUUCAGAGAUACUGAACGAUCGUGUUACUCGAAUUAGCAAGGAAGCAGUCCAUUCCUAUAACUCUGAUAAUCGAAGAAGUAUUUCUUCGACCAGAGCAACAGCGCAUAAAGAUAGUAGAGCUACCCAGCCGCCUCAGAAUCGAAAAUUUAUCCAUACCAGGUCUGAAAAUACACUAUCGGAACAGUCCCUACCAGUCCCAUAUACUACAAGCACGUCAGAGCUUACCACGACAGCUUAUCACCCGGAGAGUGGUCGACUUCGCCUGAUAAACAACCGUAACCUCGAUGGAGCUAUGUCGCUUGAGGGCGAAGGGGGCCCAGAUGCCAAGGGAGGACUAAAUGAGCCCAGCACCGCGGCCAUCCCCGAUGCCCAAGCCAUCCGAAGAAAUAAGUCCUCUCGUACAAGUAGAAUUCAUUCGAUCCUAGUUAAUAAUUCAAAAGCCAGCUUCCACAGUAUACUAACAAGCAGACAUCCUAUAGCGAGCGAUGGGGCAACGCCAGAAUCAGGUAGGGUUCAAAAGCCUGCAUCAAAGCCGGUAUCAAAACCGGCAUCUGCAGCAAGGUGCUCAGGCAAGGAUGGUGCGCGACCAGUAACACCAGGGGCGCACGCGGAAACGAAUACCAUUGGAAGCCAGUCGAUUAAACAAGAAUCCCCUGUCAAAGAUCGUAUCCAACAGUUCGAAAGUUUGGAAACAGGUCCAUUAGAUAAUAGUUCAACUCCGAGUUACUACGAUUUUAACUCAAAUAUUUCUCCUAAUAAACAAAAAGCCGAUGCUAGUCAAAUAGAACCUCAAGCUAAUCGGCGCUCGCUUAGACAACGAAAGGCAAGGUUGUGGCGACGAAUCUCAAAUACGUUUACUCGAUCGAUCGACGGAGGGAAUAGCAACGGUAAUGACGGGGAGCAAUCUGGUUCGGGCCGGGAUAAUGAUAUUAAUAAUGUCCCAUCAUCCUCGAUACGCCGUCGACCUCGAUAUCGUCGUUCAAAUCUCUUUGGUUAUCAUCUGUACCACACAUCUGAAGUGAUUCGGUCAUCGACUGAUUCGGUUUAUACCAGAUCAAACAUCAAUAUCAAUGAAGAGUUAAUUGAGAGGCUCGAGAACCAGCCUCCAUAUAUAGCUUAUAGGCCAUCACCGUCUAGUUAUUUAUCAAUGCGCAAAACGUUUCCUUUCUUAGCUCGUAUGUCGGAUGAUCUGGGCUGCUCAGAUGAAUUCGACGAUUUUGGACUCGACGGCUCUGUGUUAUCCAAGGCCAUUCGCCGGCGGGAUAAGUCAUCUGCCGGACAAAUCUCGCAAGGCCCAUCUUCGCCUGUGUCUUGUAGUGAUUCUAAUGCCGUAUCGAGUACCACAUCUAAACAAACGAUGGCAGAGCGCAAGCGUCGCCGGUUAGAAGAGAAAGAGCUUCGAAAAGAGCAGAGACAGAAAAAUAAAGAAAAGGCGAUGGAAAAGGGUAAAGGAAAAGAGACAGCAAUAGGUGACAACCAGGGAGCGGAGAGUGCACGAGAUAGGGAGAAGAGCAAGGAUGCUGAAGGCAAGAAGAAAGAAAGUAGCUGGAGCAAGAAGACGGCUUCUGGGUUUAUGGUGCGGCAAAUCCACGAUAUCAAGCUGAAGCAUCCGAAGCCGAGGAGACCAGGUCAAAUAAAAAAGAUUGUCAACAUGUACAAGGACAAGUCCACGAGCGGGAUCAGACUCGGCAAGGGGAGCGGCGUUAGCUCUGGGUCAGGUACUACGGGCACCGCAGGCGCAUCGAGCAACUGA